AUGACAUACUGGAAUAGGCUGACCUCUUGGAGAAUGGAUGUAGAAGGAACCUAUCCAGAAUUUUUGAAAGAAAGAGGGUUAUAUUGCAAGGAUGGAAAAAUUCUACCAACAUUCUAUCAGCGUGACGAUACUCUUGAAUUGUUUGAGGCUAUUCGAAAUUACGUCACCAAGUAUGUCCAUCUCUACUACGAUACACCUGAUGAAAUUAACAACGAUGCUGAAAUUCAAAACUUUGGACGUGAAUUAACAAUGCCAAAGUGUGAAGAAUGUUGCGGAAUUUUGGGCGUUCCAUUCAAAGACGGGAAGUUCAGUUCAGCAGAGGACUUGAUACUUGUGUUCACUUCCGUUAUUUACAACAGUAGUGUAGUACAUGCUGCCGUCAACUUUCCACAGUACGAUACCUAUGGAUUUCUCCCGAACUAUCCAACAAAAUUGAAUGGAAUACCCCCAAAGGAUAAGAGGCCAUUGCAGGAAGAGGAAGUAGUGAAGGCUCUUGUUGACAGGUCUUCCACUCUGGAGACUAUGAUUAUCGGGAAGAUCCUGAGUGAACGAAGUACUAACGCUCUCGGGGACUUUGAAGUAAACUAUAUUUAUGACCCGCCAGCAGUAGCGAUUGUGGAAGAAUUCAGAAAAGAUCUGAAAAAUAUCAGUUCAAAGAUUCAUGAAAGAAACGAAAAGCUGGAGAGAGGGUAUGAAUAUCUUCUACCGGAGGAAAUCCCGAAUUCCAUCAGCAUUUAAUUCUGCAAGAAGUAUUAAAAGUGUUAUUUGUGAACACAUC